UGUACUUGGUGGCAGAGGCCGGGCGGGGCUGCGCAUGCGCGCAGCGGGCGGGUGUCGGGGGGUCGGCGAGCCUCUGUCGCGGCGGGUUACUGGUACCCCUGGCAGGGUCUUUGGGCGGGGCUCUCGAGUGCAUUUGGACCCCAGCUUCUGGGACGCCUCAGGAGAAGGGCACACUGGUUUUUCCUUUAUCAGGCCAAAGAUGCCUCUCUUUGGGAAUACAUUCAGUCCGAAAAAGACGCCUCCUCGGAAGUCUGCUUCUCUCUCCAACCUGCAUUCUCUGGAUCGGUCAACCCGGGAGGUGGAGCUGGGCCUUGACUAUGGAACCCCAACUAUGAACCUGGCGGGGCAAAGCCUGAAGUUUGAAAAUGGCCAGUGGAUAGCAGAGACAGGGAUUAGUGGAGGCGUGGACCGGAGGGAGGCUCAGCGCCUUCGCAGGCGGAACCAGCAACUUGAAGAAGAGAACAAUCUCUUGCGGCUGAAAGUGGACAUCCUGCUAGACAUGGCCUGCUGCCCUUUACACAGAGUGUGCCAUGUCAUCAUAGAUGACAAAUUGCUGACAGAGUGGAUCGUGGUCCUGGGUUGUGAUUACAGAGGGUCCCCAUCGUGGAGGACAGUGGUGUGAGAGAAAUGGCAGGCAGGGGCUUUUCUCCCCUCAGCGCAUAGGGACAGCCCAGCAAUGUCCUUUAUAACAGCUGCUGCUGUCCUUUCAGCUUUCACAGACCACUGCUGAGUCCCAUUUAAUGGAGAAGGAAUUGGAUGAACUGAAGAGUGUCAGCCAGAGGAGAAAAUGAAGACCUCAGAAACUGUCAUUAGGAGAGCAGGGACCAAAAGGGACAAAGUCACUAAUUGGGGAAGUCUAGGAUGUGGCUGAGCAGGGUUUUUUUGUUUCUUUGUUUGUUUUUUAAGCCAAACUAGUGUAUUAGGUCCUGUGAGAGAGUGUCACCUCACCCUGGGUUGCCAGUAGGAAGGUGUGUGUGAUGGAGGAGACCAAGAUUCCAGACCAGACCAGAGUGGUGACUAGCAAGGUGCUCCAGGUGCUCCACAGCCUCGGGAUGCCAGGCUGUAACCAGACCUCGGGGAGCCUUUAGGUGCUCGCUACACACGUUAAGCAGACAAGUGCACAUGUCCCAGAAUCACUCCACUGGACACUGUUGGGACAGGCAGCUGAGUUCAUCAUCUUACACCUUUACCUGGUGUUUGGGGGGUGGCACCAGUUCUACAGAGCCCUGUUGAGGGGUUCUCAGAUGAGUGGCUCUUUUGGUUCUCUGCCCCUUAGGCCACUCUCUCUGCCUUGAAAGAAUUGCUUCCCAAAUCCACGACCCCCUUUGACUUCAGCUUCCCAGCAGCAAACACCAGCCUUUCGUGACAACAAGGUAUUUUUGUGCUCCUUUUCUAUGUACACUACUAUUUUAUUAAACGAUGUUAAAAUAAUUGGUGGCCAAAAUGACUGAAAAAGAAGCAUGAGUUCCUCAAGCAGUAAAUGGAGCCCAGAGUCUAAGUUUAUAUUGCUGUAUCAGAAGACAAUGUCACCCUCGUGGGAGGGUAUUCCAGCUUCUCUGGAAUACUGGCAAAAGCCCACCUGAUAUGGAACAACGUCUGUCUGCUCCAAUUCCCCUGCCCUCCUGCUCCAGGGAGUCAGGACCAACCAGGACCUGUCAGGGACCUAUAGUUGAUGUGGGAAUUUGUGCCUGAGCCAGUGUGAGCUGGACUUCCUCUGUUGGAGGAGAGAAUCCAGUGUCCUAAAUCAAGCAGGAGCGUGGGGGCAUAUUUGGAUAUCACGAUGAUACAGAUCUCCCCACCACAACUGGCACAUUAAGGGCCAGAGCCAGGGACCCUAAACAUCCUGUGGUAGAUGGGACAAUUCUGCAGUGAAAAAGGACUUUGGGUAUUCAGGGAAGCAAGGCAUUGUGGACUGUAAACAGAGGAUGCUGUGAUCCAACUGGUUUUUGAAAAGGAUCCCUGUGGGUGCUGUGUGGCGACAGUUGACUGAAGUAGAGAAAGUGGCCCCAAGUAGAGAAAGUGAAGUGGACAGAUUCUGGAUGGGACUUGAACAUGGAACCCACCAGUGUUUGCUGAUGGUUUCAGGGUGUGAGACAAUUAAAGGAUAAUCCUAUUAAGGCCUCUAGAAGAAAGUGGAAAAUAUCACCUACAUUUCACCUCCCUAACCCCAGCUCUCUCCGGGCCUUUUGUUUUGUUUUUCUUUUGAGAUACUAUAUGUAUACGUACAAGAUCUUACCUAUUUAGUAAGAUAUAUCCUUCAGGUUCUGGCUAAAAUUCUUCCUCCUCAGAGACUUUAUUAACCACAUUUACCACUUAUGAAGGGCUCCCAAGCAAAUAGUGCUGUUUCCUUGACAUCAUCUCUUGUAAUCACUGUAACAACUUUGUGAAUUUUUGUGCUGAGCAUCAGAUUAGAAAAGGAACUGUGACUUGGUGGCGCCAGCCCCAUAUGCUGAGGGUGGCAGGUUCAAACCCGGCCCCAACCAAACUGCCAAAAAAAAAAAAAAAAUAGCUGGGCAUUCUAGUGGGUGCCUGUAGUCCCAGGUACUCAGGAGGCUGAGGCAAGAGAAUGGCUUAAGCCUAGGAGUUAAGAGGUUGCUGUGAGCUGUGAUGCUACAGCACUCUACCGAGGGCAAUAAAGUGAAACUCUGUCUCUAA